GACAAAAACAUUAAAAAAAAUGCGUACAUUGUGUAUUUGGGAGAGGCACCGCCGUUAAGAAGCAAUGCUAUUGUUCAUCAACACAACUUACUUUCUUCAAUAAUUAAAGAUGAGAGUAUUGCCCAACAAGCUAGAAUACAUAGCUACACCAAGAGUUUUAAUGCAUUUGCAGCAAACCUAUUGCCAGAUGAAGUUCAAAAACUUAAAGAGAACGAAAAUGUGGUGUCAGUAUUUCCUAGCAAAGUACGGAAACUUCAUACAACAAGAUCAUGGGAUUACUUAAGAAUGCCUCUCUCAAUAAAGAGAAAUCUUAAAAUUGAAAGUAAUAUUAUUGUUGGAGUAUUAGAUACAGGAGUUUAUAUGGGUGCUCCAAGUUUUAAUGACAAAGGAGUAGGACCUCCUCCAUCAAAAUGGAAGGGUAGAUGCCAAGUAGUAGGCAAGUUUACCGGCUGCAACAACAAGGUAAUAGGUGCAACUUUCUACAACAACGACCCCAAAUUUCCCCAAAGAAAGCCAUCCCCACUAGAUGUUGACGGCCACGGCUCUCACACUUCAUCCACCAUAGCAGGUGCCACAGUAGCAGGCGCAAGCUUGUACGGUUUAGGCAAAGGCACAGCUCGAGGUGGGGUUCCAUCAGCACGCAUUGCAAUGUACAAGGUGUGUUGGCCCGAAGGUUGCAGUGAUAUAGACCUUCUGGCUGGAUUGGAUGAUGCCAUUGAUGACGGAAUUGACGUGCUAUCAAUAUCUAUCGGUGAGGGUUCAAGUGGCUUCUUUGACGAUCCCAUUGCAAUCGGUGCCUUUCAUGCAAUGAAGAAGGGGAUUUUCAUAGCAUGUUCAGCGGGAAAUAGCGGCCCAUAUGUGUAUACAGUGCAGAACACAGCUCCUUGGAUAAUGACUGUUGGUGCUGCUAGCAUGGAUAUGGAGUUUAGGACUCCGAUUAAACUUGGAAAUGGCAAGGAAAAUGCUGGACUCUCCAUCAACACAUUUACACCAAAUAAGAAGAUGUACCCUCUAACCAACGCGGCAAUAGCAGCCGAUAGUACUUUAUCGCCAGGUUCAUCUCCCUGGUAUUGUGAUCAAGGGAAGCUAGACCAGAAAAAAGUCAAUGGAAAGAUUGUGGUAUGCAAAGAAGCAGCAAAUGAAACUUACAUCAAGUCUUUGGGUGGGAUCGGGGUGUUGAUAUCUGUCAUAGGGAAGAUAGAUACGAGCUUUACAGCUAUCAUCCCUAAAGCCAUUAUUGAUUUUAGUUUUGGUAACACAACUCUUACAUAUGUCAACUCAACCAAAGCCCCUCAAGCUAUCAUAUACAAGUCCAAAAGAGUUCCCAAUGUUGCUGCACCCUUUGUGGCUUCCUUUUCAUCUCGAGGUCCGACCAUACUCACUAGCACAAUACUUAAGCCGGAUAUAGUGGCACCUGGGAUAGAUAUACUUGCUGCUUACUCUAAACUUGCAUCAUUGACUGGAAGUCCUGAUGACAACCGGUUUGAUGUAUAUAAUAUAAUCUCUGGAACUUCAAUGUCUUGCCCUCAUGUGGCUGCUGCCGCUGCCUAUGUCAAAUCAUUCCACCCUGAUUGGUCUCCUUCUGCAAUCAAAUCGGCCCUAAUGACAACUGGUUAGUUCCCUUAAAUUCUCCCAUUUUAACUCAUGAUGUGUUAAAGAUUAGUGCCAUUUUACAAGAACCACCAUUUGAAUGGUGUCAAUUAGAGGUUGUUAGUG